AUGGAGUUCGAGAAAAGGAAAGCGGCGACGUUAGCGUCACUGGGGUGUACAGAGACAGACAAAUCACCGAAGGGCACGUUGGACACCCCAAUCAUACCCCUUCUCGACGCAAUCAAUAGCCACCCUUGUUACUUCACUACCAGUUCCUGCUCUGGCCGUAUCUCUAUCCUUUCCCAACCGUCACCCACCGCAACCUCGAAGCCAAAGAAGAAAGCCUCAGGCGGCUCAUGGCUCUUCAUCACUCACGACCCCGCCGAUCCCGACUCGGUGCUAGACCUUCUUUUUCCUUCUUCCCACUCAACUCAAUGUCAUCCUCCAUCCCAGCUUGUUUUCAGAUUCGAGCCCUUGAUAGUCGCCGUCGAGUGCAAAGACCUCGCUUCGGCUCAGUCUUUGGUUUCCAUUGCUAUAGCUUCUGGGUUCAGAGAGUCGGGCAUUACCAGUGCUAACAAGCGGGUUAUUAUUGCAAUUCGGUGUUCGAUACGUUUAGAGCUGCCACUUGGUGAUACCCAGAAGAUUAUGGUGUCUCCCGAGUACGUUCGGUACCUUGUUGAAAUCGCUAAUGAGAAAAUGGAAGCCAAUAGGAAGAGAACCGAAGGGUUUCUUCGGGCAUUGCGAAGUAAUGGUUUUGUGGGGUCGAGUGUUGAUGAUGGAAGCUCCGUGAAAGGUUCAGUGGAGGAUAAUAAGAGUGCUUCAGUGUGUGGUGGCGGCGGUGGCGGUGUUGCUUGUAAUGGUGAUCAAGAUAGGGAGCCCGAAUUGCAAGGAAGAGUUCGGGAUGCUCAUUCUGGGUCAAUAGGAGUUCACAGUUCCAGUUUGUCUAUUGUUCCGAUGGUGAUUGUUGGUGAACCUGUUGAGAGCCUUUUCAUUUGGGGUCACUCAGCUUGUACGUUGGGCAGCACAAACCAUAAUAAAGUUCUUGUGUUUGGUGGCUUUGGAGGCAUGGGACGACAUGGACGAAGAAACAAUUCUUUGCUGCUCGAUCCAUUCUUUGGCACAUUGAAAGCAUUUGGUGUAGAGGGUGGCCCGACUCCGCGCUUAGGCCAUACAUCUUCUUUGGUUGGGGAUUCUAUGUUUGUUAUUGGUGGUAGGGCCGACCCUGAGAAAAUUCUGAGCGAUGUGUGGGUCCUCAAUAUAGCCAAGAAAGAAUGGAAGCUCUUAGAAUGCUCUGGGGACGCUUUUCCUCCCAGGCAUCGGCACGCUGCAGCAGUUGUUGGCCCAAACAUAUAUGUCUUUGGUGGGCUUAACAAUGACACCAUCUCUUCAUCUUUCCACGUUCUCAACACAGAUAAUUUGCAGUGGCAAGAGUUAUUGGUUAGUGGGAAGCAGCCUUGUCCUCGGCAUUCACACUCUGUUGUGGCAUUUGGAUCUCAGCUAUUCCUUUUUGGAGGAUAUAGUGGUGAAAAAGCACUUGGAGACUUGUACAGUUUUAAUUUAAAAACAUAUCAAUGGAAGAAAGAAACUACAGCAGGAAAAAGCCCACAUGCAAGGUUCUCGCACUCAAUGUUUGUUUACAAAAAUUAUCUUGGUGUUAUUGGUGGCUGUCCGGUUAGACAACAUUUUGAGGAGUUGAGUAUACUGGAUUUGCAUUACCUUACAUGGAGGCAUGUGAAACUAAAUUCUGUUGGCAAAGAUUUGUUUGUUCGUAGCACAGCCAAUGUUGUUGGUGAUGAUCUUGUGAUGGUUGGGGGUGGUGCGUCCUGUUAUGCCUUUGGAACGAAGUUUAGUGAGCCAAUGAUAAUUAACUUGCUUCCCCUGCAAUCUUUGGAUGAUAAUCUUAAACCAGCUGAAAUUCAAAGAGAGCAUGUUACUCACAAAAGUAACGGGAAAAGUAGAGAAAAAGAUGAAGAGCUUCAAGAUCCACAAACUGAAAACAUGCAAACCUUAACUGAAGCUCAUGGCCUAAAUUUUGAGAUGGUAUUACCUGUUGCAAGUGACGGAAAUGAGCAGCUUGCUUCAUAUUGGGUUCUGCAACUUGAAAGAAAACAUGCUAAAAUGGGAAAGGAUAUAUUGAAGAAGUUUCAAUGGUUAGAUCUCGAAAGGAAGGUCUACUCUAGUGAAGAUGGAACAUAUAUUUGUUUUCCGGUAAAUGAGAAAUUCUGUGAAUUGUUUUGUGAAAAGCAGCAUUCUUUGAGAUAUGGAGUUGAAGGACAAGAUAAUAAUAUAGUUGAAUCAGUUGAAAAAGGAUCUUUUUUUAAUGAGGUCGACUGUUUGAAAGCCUUGAACAUUCUGAAGGAACAUGGUGCUACCAAGCAGAGAGAUGAGGUUGUUGAAGUAAGAAAAACUGCCAAAUCUCCCUUGAAGAUAAUGAAUGAAGCUGUAGCCUUUCUAAUAAAUAAUAACGGUCUACCUGUCAGCCUUUUAGAGGAGCUACCCACAAGAUGGGAGCGACUUGGGGAUAUUAUUGUGCUUCCAGUAUCAUCUUUUAAAAGUCAUUUAUGGGACUCAAUUGGAAAGGAGCUCUGGCCUACUAUUGCGAAAUCACUUAACACUCACCGUCUUGCUAGACAGGGCCAGGUUGCGCCAACAGGUACAAGGGAUAGUAGUUUGGAGAUUCUUGUGGGGGAUAGUGGCUGGGUUGAUCAUCGAGAAAAUGGAAUUAUCUAUUCUUUUGAUGCUACCAAGUGCAUGUUCUCCUGGGGCAACCUAUCUGAGAAGCUCCGAAUGGCCCGUCUAGACUGUCGAAAUGAGGUUAUUGUGGAUUUGUUUGCUGGAAUUGGAUAUUUUGUGCUGCCUUUUCUCGUCAGGGCCAAGGCAAAACUAGUUUAUGCUUGUGAAUGGAACCCCCAUGCUCUUGAGGCACUACAUCGUAAUCUGCAGUCUAAUUCAGUUAUUGAUCGUUGUAUCAUACUUGAGGGAGACAACAAGAUCACAGCACCGAAGGGAGUGGCUGAUCGAGUUUGUCUUGGUCUUCUUCCAACAAGUGAGGGUAGCUGGGUUACUGCUGUUAGAGCAUUAAGGAGUGAAGGUGGGAUACUACAUAUACAUGGGAAUGUGAAGGAUUCGGAAGAGGGUUUGUGGACUGAACAUGUCUUAAACUCAAUACAUGAGAUUGCUAACAACGAAGGUUAUUGCUGGGAAAUUAAAAUAGAGCAUUUGGAGAGAGUGAAAUGGUAUGCUCCACACAUCCGUCAUGUUGUAGCUGAUGUAAGAUGUAUACAGACACAGAGAUAGCAGUUGAAGGAAUACCUAUUGAAGAUGGCAAAUUUUUCAUAACCCACAUUUCCAAGGGGUCCUGGUAACACAAUGACCAUAUAUUAAGGUUAGAUGAGAUUCGUAGGCUUUGAUAAAAUAUCAAAGAAGAGUGUGAAAGUAGUAAGCGUUUGUAGUGAAGCUUUCUAUUGAGCUUAUGUUAUGAUUUUAAUGCAGCAAAUAUCCUAGGAUGAAACGAGCUUUAUUUGGUAAUGCGUAUUCCUCCAUUGGCUUUUGGAACCGGAUUGCUUGGAGCUCUUAGACUUGGUGCUUGGCUAAUGGGUAUAUGAUGUAUUUGUUAUUUCCAAAAUUUUGAUGAAUAUCUCAAGUGUGACUACGGUGUUGAUGAUAUCUGGUAGCAACAAUAUUUAAAUUUAAAUUUAGUAGAAACGAGAAAAUUAGCUCUUUAUAUCUUAAGUAGAUUGUAUUUAUACGAAUUAUAUUAUGAUGUAAUAUAUUAUGAUGUUUGAAUUA